CCGGCCUCCUCCUCCGGCGCCCCGCGCUCCCGGCCGCUCCGACGCCGCCGCGCCCGCGUGCCGCCCGCGUAGCCCCGCGGGAGCCCGAGCCAGCGUCCCGGGCCGCGCGCCCCGCUCCCCCAUCCCGCCGCGCCGCCGCCGCCAUGCCCUCGGCCAAACAAAGGGGCUCCAAGGGCGGCCACGGCGCCGCGAGCCCCUCGGACAAGGGCGCCCACCCGUCGGGCGGCGCGGAUGACGUGGCGAAGAAGCCGCCGCCGGCGCCGCAGCAGCCGCAGCCGCCGGCGCCGCAUCCGCCCCAGCACCCGCAGACUCAGGCGCACCGGGGCGGCCACCGCGGCAGGUCCUCGGCCGCCGCCGCCGCGUCUUCGGCGUCCUGUUCUCGCAGGCUCGGCCGGCUGCUCAACUUUCUCUUCUACCUCGCCCUGGUGGCGGCGGCCGCCUUCUCGGGCUGGUGUGUCCAUCACGUCCUAGAGGAGGUCCAGCAGGUCCGGCGCGGCCACCAGGACUUCUCCCGUCAGAGGGAUGAGCUGGGCCAGAGCUUGCAGGGCGUCGAGCAGAAGGUGCAGUCUCUGCAAGCCACAUUUGGAACUUUCGAAUCCAUUCUGAGAAGCUCCCAACAUAAGCAGGAUCUCACAGAGAAAGCUGUAAAGCAAGGGGAGAGCGAGAUCAACCGUAUCAGUGAAGUUCUGCAGAAGCUGCAGAACGAGAUUCUCAAAGACCUGUCGGACGGGAUCCAUGUGGUGAAGGAUGCCCGGGAGCGGGACUUCACAUCUCUGGAGAACACGGUGGAGGAGCGCCUGACAGAGCUCACCAAGUCCAUCAACGACAACAUCGCCAUCUUCACUGACGUACAGAAGAGGAGCCAGAAGGACAUAAAUGAUGUCAAGAUGAAGGUUUCCUCCCUGGAAGAAUCCAAGAGGGAUCGCAGUCAGGACCUAAAAAUUCUGGAGAAAGCCAUGGAGGAGGUACAGGCCUCUGUGAAGUCCAGGGAGAGAGAUAUCGAGGCCCUGAAGAGUUCCCUUCAAACCAUGGAGUCUGAUGUCUACACAGAGGUCCGGGAACUAGUGAGCCUCAAGCAGGAGCAACAGGCAUUCAAGCAGGCAGCCGACUCAGAGCGCCUGGCUUUGCAGGCCCUCACAGAGAAGCUUCUGCAGUCUGAGGAAACCUCUUCUCGCCUACCAGAGGAUAUCAGGAGACUAGAAGAAGAGCUGCAGCAGCUGAAGGCCAGAGCGCCUGGACCAGAAGAGGCCAUUGUCUUCAAAGACUCUGAAGCCUUAGGUGAGCUCCGGAGGCAGGUGGAGGGCCUGGGCGACAGGCUUCAGUAUGUAGAGGACGGAGUCGAUUCUGUACAGGUGGCUUCUGCACGUCACACCGAGAGCCUGGAAUCGCUCCUGUCCAAGAGCCAGGAGUAUGAGCAGCGCCUGGCUCUGCUGCAGGAGCACCUGGAGAGCCUGGGGUCCUCAUCUGACCUGGCUAGCACAGUGAGGAGCCUGGGCGAUGACCAGCUGGUGCUGUCCAGAGACUUGAAGGAGCUGAAGCAAAGCAUGGAUGAGCUCCCCAGCACUGUGGAGUCAUUGCAAGAGCAGGUACGCUCACUGCUCAGCCGGGACCAAGCCCAGGACGCGGGCCUGCCUCCUCAGGACUUCCUGGACAGACUGUCCUCUCUAGACAACCUGAAAUCCUCAGUGAGCCAAGUGGAGUCAGACUUGAAAAUGCUCAGGACUGCCGUGGACAGUUUGGUUGCCUACUCUGUCAAAAUUGAGACAAAUGAGAACAGCCUGGAGUCAGCCAAGGGCCUGCUGGAUGACCUGAGGAAUGACCUGGAUAGGUUGUUUGUGAAAGUCGAGAAGAUCCAUGAAAAGAUUUAAAUGAACUGCCUGUGCAGGGCACAGAUUUAGAGUCCAGUUUCUUACGACCAAAAAGAAAAAAAAACAACAAAAAACAAAAAAACCCAAAACAUUGUUUUUUCCUAGGUGCCCCCCACCCCCUUCUCUUGCUCCUCCCCGCUCUCCCAUGGAAAGCUGCCAGCACCACUGCAUGGUGAUCUGUGCCUGGUUAAUUUAUUUGCAGUUCUUACCACACACCUUUGGUUUCUUAAUUCCUGUUUCUGCUUUUGAGUUGGCUUCCAGAAGGCCUAGCCCUAUGCAGAAAAGGUGGGGUGUGUCUUCCGUUGGGAUGAUGACAGUGGCUUUAACUGGGGAUUACCAGAAAGCAGAUUAACCUAAAAAAAAAAAAAUCCUGAAAAAAAAUGGGUGGAGGCCACUUUUCUUUUUAAUUGUCUUUAAGUAAACUUAAUUUUACUUUCUUUUUAAAUAUACUCCUGGCCAGAGUUUUUAUGAGCUGUCUCUUAUUUGCUGUCUUCCAUUUAGAACUGGUAAAAUCUCAUAGAUGUUAGUUCUGAAUGGGCAGAGGAGAAAAGCCAACCCUCCAGCCUUCUGCUUGAGGGCCACUCAGAGGCAGUCUCUUUCUGUUCCGGAGUCUAGUGCUAUAAAGAGAACUAUGCAAAUUCAGAAGGUCCUGAAUGUGAAAACACCAUACCCUGAGGCCAGUGCCCUUCUGUUCCUGGUGACCCAGCCUGUCACCACGGGAGGAGGGGUCACCAAGUAAGUUUGGAAUCUAGAGGGGUAUAAGGGAAGUCUUUGGCUUGUGAUGUCAGAGCUGUACUUUCCACAAAGAAUUCGGGCAUCUCCCUGGGUAUAUACCAGAUCUUUUUGUUUUAUCACAGUAUCCCUAAAGAGGUCUCCUGUGGCCUGGCCCCAUCUGUCAGUGAGGAUCAUGUGUGCUGCAUCCCUGUGGCUGUCCUCUCUGUGCCCUUUGAGCUGUAUUGUCUCUAAUGGCUGUCUUGCCCUUCCACUUUCCCUAGCCCACCCUCAGAAAAGAAAAAGUUUGUUAGUUUACUGUGAAAUGAACUGUAUGGCUUAUUUACAAUAUUUUUAAUUCUUAAUAAACACUUGAGCUUUGUUA